AUGCCCGGUCUAGACGUACUAAAGCUCCUCUUCAUCCCCGCCGCUAUCGCAGCCCUCAUCUGCCUCCUCCUAGCCUACGUCAUCAUGCCCCUCUACCGCAACCACUACGCCCGCUACUCCCAAUACCUCCCCCUCGACACCCUCUCCUCCCGCACCUCGAGCCUCCGAUCGCGCGUCGCGAGUACCCUCGGCCGAUACCUUUUGCCUAGCCACAUGCGGUGGCGGAGUGAACUCGGCGACCAUCGGGGCAGUUUGGACGAUUUGUAUUUUGGCGAGGAGGAGGGGGAGAGUAUGGUUGGUUUCGAUGUCAAUCGGAGGGAGCGGUCGGUGAGGGGUGGGCGGGUGGUGUCGGCUGUUGAGAUUGAUAGCCAGAGGAGGCUGAGUCGGGAUUUAGAAGGCGGGUUCAUGGAUAGUGGGGAUGAUGAAGAGGAGGACAGUGCGAAUGACGAUCGUCGGCGGUAG